AUGUCAGACGCCACGACGAUCUAUAUUACUAGUACAGCAACUGAAGACGCAGUCACAACCGAAACCGGAACCAAAUCUUCCAACACCGAUGCUGCUUCUUUCACAACCUCAAGUAGUGCACACGAUGCCACGACGAUCUAUAUCACUAGUACAGCAGCCGGAGGUGCCAUUGCUACCCCAACCGAAGCAGAAUCAUCUAGCACCGAGUCUGCUUCCUUGACUAUCUCAAGUAGUGCAUCCAAUGGAUCGAUCACAUAUACCGCGGGGACAGGGCUUUCUACGGGCGCCAAAGUCGGCAUCGGGAUUGGAGUUGCUUUGGGCACACUUUUGCUUUUGUGGGUGGGUUCCUUCCUGUACCUGCGCAGGCGGAAGCGCCGAGGACUUGCACGAGGGGAUGGAAAUAAUGUCUCAGUGUUACCGGAACUUGGAACCGAUGGCCAGAAGCAUGAACUACCUGCUGAGGAGUCAAAACGAGCCGAACUUGGUGUGGAUGAACGUACGAACGAAAGUCCCAAUUUGCAUGAGUUAGAGUGA